AUGACCCAUAAGGAAGUGUUUGCUCUAGAAGAAAAUGAACCAACAGGGGACGCUAUUUGUCAAGCAAUUGUUCAGAAUGAUAUGAGAGCCUUAAAACGAUUGGCUGAUCAUCCCAACUUUAAUCCAAACAUAUAUCAUCGGUAUGGAUGGACGCCUUUGCAAGUAGCCGUUAUUCAAGAUAAUGAGCAGAUGGUCAAGCUUUUACUUGAAAAGGGAGCAGGUAUAGAUUAUAUUAUGAAUGGUGUUAUCGGUCUUAAUCAUUCCCCUAUUCGAGUAGAUCCUAACCUUCAAGAUCAGUAUUAUCCUCGAUCUCAUCAAGCAGCAAAUACAAGACAGGUCGAAUUUUCCGAGGAUCUGUUACCUUAUCGUGACUAUAGAGAAUACACGGCGCUUCAUUAUGCAGUAAUCAUUUGUAAUCCACAGAUUGUAAAGCUUCUCUUAGAUCAUAUGGCUGAUCCUUUUGCACGUAAUUCACAUGGUCUAACUGCGAGAGAGUACUUGUAUUACGUAGAAAGAUACACAGGAGAACAAAAUUUGGAAAUCGAAGACAUGCUUUACAAAAAGGAGGCAUCUUAUCCAAAGGAUAAAGCUGAACAUGAAGAGCGUAUGCGUAAAGCACAGCUACAGAAAGAAAAAGAAUACCGCAAAAAGCAUCCAUUAGAAGAUGCUUUAAAAACCCGUAUAGUUGGCCAAUUAGGUCCAAUUUAUGCUUUAGCUAGUGCCAUACGUCGCAAGCAAAAUGGAUGGCAUGAUGAGGAGCAUCCGCUUGUCUUUUUGUUUUGUGGUUCAUCUGGCGUUGGUAAAACAGAGCUGGCUAAAGCUUUGGCGCAAAAUUUGCAUGGAAAGCAGAUUGACAAGGGAUUUAUUCGAAUUGAUAUGAGUGAAUUUCAACACAAGCAUGAUGUAUCAAGAUUUAUUGGAUCACCUCCUGGCUAUGUUGGAUAUGAUGAAGGAGGACAGCUGACAGAAAAACUUAAAGAAUGUCCUAAUGCUGUUGUCUUGCUUGAUGAAGUAGAAAAGGCUCAUCCAGAUGUUUUAACAAUCAUGUUGCAGCUCUUUGAUGAAGGCCGUAUUACGGACGGAAAGGGCACAACAGUUGAAUGCAAGGACGCGAUUUUUAUCAUGACUUCCAACUUGGCACAACAUGAAAUUGCUGAUGAAGCAGAGCUUUUGAGACUUGAGGCCUCUGUUUCUUCUGAUGCGCAAACAAAAGGUGUUGCAACCGUUACAUCCACAGAUCCUGCACCAGAGAAAAACUUGAGCGACCUUCAAGAAGAACAGCUAAAACAUGGGCAAAUUUCUUUAUCUCGUCGAUUCAUUGAACAUACAAUUUAUCCAAUCUUAUAUCAGCACUUCAAACGAGAUGAAUUUUUAGGUCGUAUAAACGAAGUUCUCUUCUUCUUACCAUUUAGUGAUGACGAACUAAAGGAGAUUACUUCUCGAGAGCUUUCUAAAUGGGCAGAAAAAGCAAGAAAAAGACAUGGAAUCACAAUGACAUGGGAUGCAGACGUAGUGGACGUUUUAGCUCAAGGAUACAACAUUCGUUAUGGUGCACGUAGUAUUAAAUAUGAAGUUGAAAGAAAGGUGGUAAAUCUGAUUGCUAAAGCACAUGAAAAUGAUGAAGUGUUGGAUGGAGGACGUGUCCAUAUAGUGGUUGAUAAGUCUAUAGACAAAAAGGCCCGUAUUUGCAAGAUAGAAAUUCCUGAACGCGGUGGUGAUGAUAAAAAGAAAUCUGGUGGUUGGUUUAGUAGUAAAAUUUAA